AUGGCAAACGACUAUCUCAAUCUCAGAUUAAACUUCGCCUACGAAAAUGGCACCUCCAGCGAAUUUAUUCUCCCGCGCGAAAAGCUUUUCGUUUCAACAGUUGGCGCUGCUUCUUCCGGCGUGGCAUCGGAUGGCUCCUAUUCGUGGCAUGGAGCGCCAGAUCUUUCAGAGUACAUCAUCACAAUGGACAUUCCCGAGCUUGGCAUCUCCGGCGAUAUACGCAUGCAAUCGAUUGCACCUGCACACGGCCCAUGCGGCCCCGCUGUUGAUGGUGAAACUCUCAAAUUGAACUGGGACCUGUACUGGGUGAACGCCAUCCCUGAUUCCCAGGCCUCCGUCAACCUCAAGAUCAACGGAACAACUCUAGCAUUCCAGGGCUCCGGAUACCAUGACAAGAAUUGGGCGCCUUUCAACUUUAUCGCUUAUCUCAAUCAAUGGUACUGGGGUCACGGCCGAGCUGGGAGCUUAUCAGUCGUGUGGUUCUACCACCUCGACACGGCGAACGAGGUCGUCGCAUCCGCGUAUAUCGCACAGGAUAACAAGAUUAUCCACUCAGCUUGCUCGGGUGUGACCGUCCGCCCCUUCGGUGAAGGUGUCGAGUAUCCACUUCCGGACAACUACAACGCUACGAUCGCAGGCUAUGAGAUUAACAUUGACGCUGGCUCGCUUGGAAAUUACACUUUCACAGCUACUGCUAAUAGAUCCAUAGUCGAUCCUGCAGGAUAUGACAGAUGGAUUGGCAUUCUUGAGGGUGGCCUUGUUGGUGGGGAAAGUUAUUCAGGUCCUGCGUUGUGGGAACAGAUGGGACCAUCCGUCGUAGUGUAA